GUCAAAACGGGGACAUUUUUUUUUUGUGUGUUUUAAGAUAUGGCGGCGAGUUUCGAGAAAUUCGAACCCAUAUACGGAGAAGUCGUACCCGAAUGUUCGGAUCCGGGUCCGGGUCUUCUCCGGCGAUGUCUCUUCCAUGUCUACGCUUCCGAUUCCUUUCACCUCACCGUCCAUGUAACGGACUUCGUCUCAGGCGUCUGGACAACGAUCCUGUCCGUCUCGCAGCUAGACGAUAUGAGGGAUACUGUGGGGAUUGGUGGUUCGUGGUCUGAGUUCCUCGAUUAUACUGUCGCUUCCUUGAAAUCGGACAAUGUGAAGCUUCACCUGGGACAAAAUUCCGUUUCAAAUGGUGUCGCGACUGGGCGAUUAGUUUCUCAGAAGGCUAAAGGGAUGCCUCGCAUAAUUAUUCCUUUAACAAAGAUGGUGGACUCAUCUGCUAGUGAGGCAAUGGCAAAUCUGUCUUUUGAGUUGUUCAGAGCAUUCAAGAGCAAGCAGCACCUACAACAAGGGGAUGUGAGCUCUUCAGCUGCAGCAACUGAUGAAAAGGAUAAGAGUGACCAACUGGAACGAUACUCCUCUGGAAAAGUAGAUGUUAUGGCUCCUUCAACAGAUAACCGCCAAGACUCUCCCGGUUUGUUCUGUUCGCUGUUUAACCACUCGUACCAAGCAAUCCACCCGAGAAGCUAACACUACAAAACCUGCUAAACGAGUACCUGCUCACCGGAGAAACCGUAAACGGGGUGCUCUGCUGCAAGAUUCAGAAGACGAGGAUGGCUAAUUGGAACAUGACAUAUUCUUAGACGAAACUUUAAACCCAUCAGCAGCUAUCAGUGGAUCACCUGCGGAGUGUUGCUUAAUUCUCAUGAUAAUUUCCCUGGUUUAUCUCCUCUUGGGGGUGUAUGGAUUCUGUGAAAAUUGUAUGUAACCUUAAAGUAGAUUCCUAGUGGACUCAUGUUAGUAUCCAUUUUUAGAAGAAAAAAUUGAUAAAAUGGUAUUGCUUCGUAUCAUUAUU